AUGGCUUCUGCUUCACGUCUCCCGCCGCUCCCGGCACUACGAGAUUUCAUCCAUAUGUACAGGUUGAGAGCGAAGAAAAUUCUUUCGCAGAAUUAUUUAAUGGAUAUGAAUAUCACAAGAAAGAUAGCAAAACACGCAAAAGUGAUCGAAAAAGACUGGGUAAUCGAGAUCGGACCGGGUCCUGGCGGAAUUACACGAGCAAUUCUUGAAGCUGGAGCCUCGAGGCUUGACGUCGUAGAAAUCGAUAAUAGAUUUAUUCCGCCGUUACAGCAUCUCGCGGAAGCAGCCGAUUCUCGAAUGUUCAUCCAUCAUCAGGAUGCACUUCGAACGGAAAUUGGAGAUAUUUGGAAAAAUGAAACCGCGAGACCCGAAUCUGUGGAUUGGCAUGAUUCAAAUCUACCUGCAAUGCAUGUCAUUGGGAAUUUACCAUUUAAUAUUGCUUCACCGCUUAUUAUUAAGUAUCUCCGUGACAUGUCAUACCGACGAGGAGUUUGGCAGUACGGUCGAGUUCCACUAACAUUAACUUUUCAACUGGAAGUCGCCAAACGUCUGUGCUCUCCGAUCGCCUGUGAUACUCGGUCUCGUAUCUCUAUUAUGUCUCAAUACGUGGCAGAGCCUAAGAUGGUUUUUCAGAUUUCCGGCUCAUGUUUCGUGCCAAGACCUCAAGUUGACGUUGGAGUUGUUCGUUUCGUACCACGGAAGACUCCUCUAGUGAAUACAUCGUUUGAAGUUCUCGAGAAAGUUUGUCGCCAAGUGUUCCAUUACCGUCAAAAGUAUGUAACAAAAGGAUUGAAAACUCUGUAUCCUGAGGAAUUGGAAGACGAGCUUUCAGAUGAUCUACUGAAAAAGUGUCGAAUCGAUCCGACGACAACGUCGAUUCGGCUCGGAAUUGAACAAUUUGCGGAUCUUGCUGAAGGUUAUAAUGAGCAGUGUAUACGAUAUCCGGGCUUAUUCCUCUAUGACUACACGAACAAGCUGCAUAAUCUGGAAGAUUUAUCAAAAGAACCCAAUGCUCUUCCACCUCCUGUACCCAUCUUUGCACCGGCUCCGACAAUUGACUCGGCGGACAACACGUGGUCGCUCAAGAAUUUUAAUUGUUCAUAAUUUUGUUAUAUUAUAGAUUGUUUAUUGUUGAGAUUGUUUAGAUUUGUUAUAAAUUUUGGAAAGAUAAAACAUUAAGAAAUUGAAA